AUGAUGGGAAAGACCAGUGAUGUGCAUAAUAAAGGCAAAGGGCCAAAAACAACAAAAGACCAAUCAAAUACGGUGAUUGGUCGCAAGGCCAGUUAUUUUAAUUAUUUGAAAAUAAAGGGCGAUGAAAUGAAGCAACAAAAAAUAGUGGAGAAGGUAGAUACUAAGACCAAGAAGGAAAUUGUUGAUAUGUGGCAACAGUUGGAUGCUACUCAUAAAGCAAAGUAUGAACCUAAAAAACCUUCAACGAAUGCCUCGAACAAGAAUUGUUUGAAGAUAGCCACACGAUGCAGUCUGAAGGAUGUAAAUGACACUAUAAAUGUUUUAAGCAAUGAGAAAAAAGCAGCAAUUCAAGAAAUGGGAUUUGUUUCUUUAUUGAAAAUGAAAUGCGGAAAACUAUCUCAUUCAAUGUGUCGUUUUUUGGUUAAUAAACUCAAUUCAUCUGAAUCAUCAAUCGUGUUACAUGGGAAAACACUUAAGAUAUCAGUGGAUGACUUUGUGCGCAUAAUGGGUGUUAAGGAUGGAGGAGAUGAAGUUGACUUCACCAGAUCCAUGGAUGAGCAACAAAUUGUAAAGGUGCGAAAUUCUUUUUUGGUUGGGAAGAAGCUUUUAAAGAAUAAUGAGUUGAAGCAGAUAAUAGUGGGAACAGAAGAAGCAGGUGACUUUUUCAAAGUUGGUUUUGCCAUGUUUGCUUUAUGCACGUUGCUAUGUCCAACAACUUCCGUGUAUGUGAAUCUAAAAGAUCUGCUUCCAUUAAGAGAUAGCAAGGCAAUAUCAAGGAAAAACUGGGCAAGUUAUUCCUUCCAAUUUUUAUUGGACAGUGUCAAGUCAUUUAAGGAGAACAAUCAAGUUUAUAUCGGCGGUUGCUUGUUAUUCCUUCAAUUAUUUUACCUUGAUGCUAUAGCUCAUGGUAGUCUACUUGUGGAUAGGUCUGUGUUACCACUUGCUGUGUGGGGGAAAGUAGAGACUGAAAAAAUGAAGAAGUGGCUAAAGAAAAUAAGGGGGUUUGAAAGUGACAAGGUAGUUGUUAUCAAAUCUGAAUCUAGAGGUCUCGGAGAUUAUGCGAAAACAAUGACUCAAUUUGCCGAAGAGUUAAGUUUAGUAAAAAGAAUGUGGCAACUUUGGUGGCCAAUGUUGCUUGUAUAG